AUGAGCAUCGCCCUCCUGUCAUCUUUGCUAAUUAAGAAUACAAGACUGGCAUCCCAAAUCAACAUAAGAACCAUGACUGCCGCUUCAUACAAGAACCAUAACCUCUCGUUUCAGAAACCGGACUUGGAUGAGAGAUCCUACCGCUUCAUUGAACUCCCAAACAAACUAAAGGCAUUACUAAUAACUGACCCAAAGACAGAUAAAGCCGCCGCUUCAUUGGACGUAAACAUUGGGUCCUUCAAUGACCCAGAACCUCUACCGGGACUGGCACAUUUCUGCGAGCAUCUUCUCUUUAUGGGCUCCCGUAAGUUCCCGGACGAGAAUGAUUACUCCAGCUUCCUCAGCAAGCACGGGGGACACUCCAAUGCUUACACGGGCUCCUCCAAUACAAAUUACUUCUUUGAAAUUAACGCUGAACACCUCUUUGGUGCAUUGGAUAGGUUUUCAGGAUUUUUCACAGGUCCUCUCUUCAAUAAGAACGCCACCGAUAAGGAGAUCAAUGCCGUAGAUAGUGAAAAUAAAAAGAAUUUACAGAAUGAUCUUUGGAGAAUUUACCAAUUGGAUAAAUCCCUGAGUAACUUGAAGCAUCCCUACCAUAAGUUUUCCACGGGUAACAUCCAGACUUUGAAACAAUUACCGGAAUCACAGGGUCUCAAUAUCAGAGAUGAAUUGUUGAAGUUUUAUGACGAUUCCUACUCUGCUAACUUGAUGAAAUUGUGUAUAAUUGGUAGGGAGGACCUGGAUACUUUGGCCCAGUGGACCGCCGAUCUCUUCAAUGACGUCAAGAACAAGGAUAAACCUUUGCCCGUCUUCCAAGACCCAAUCUUACUCAAGGAGCAACAUUUACAAAGGAUCAUCCAGGUGGAACCUGUCAAGGAACUGAGGAAAUUGGACAUUGAAUUCUGCGUCCCAGACUACGAAAAGCAUUGGCAGUCUAAGAUCCCUCAUAUAUUGUCCCAUUUGAUAGGUCAUGAAGGUAAUGGGUCUCUCUUGUCACAUUUGAAGACUUUAGGAUGGGCAAAUGAAUUGUCCGCUGGGGGCCAUACCGUUUCAGAAAAUAACGCUUUCUUCUCUAUAGCUAUCGAAUUGACGCAGAAAGGACUUGCUCAUUACAAGGACGUUACACAUUUGAUAUUUCAAUACAUUGAAAUGCUAAGACAUUCGUUACCUCAAGAAUGGAUUUAUUUGGAAUUACAAAAUAUUAAUAAGGCAAAUUUUAAAUUCAAGCAAAAUGGGAACCCCUCCAAUACGGUAUCAUCCCUUUCAAAGAUGUUAGAAAAGGAAUAUAUCCCUGUGGGAGAUAUUCUAGCGACUAACCUUUUCACGAAAUAUGAACCAGAGCUUAUUACUAAGUAUUUGGAGAUGAUGACUUUUGAUAAUUCUCGUAUCACUUUAAUCUCCAAGGAUUUGGAAACUGAUUCCUUUGAGAAAUGGUAUGGGACCAAAUAUAAAGUCAUUGAGUAUCCAGCUGAUUUGAUUGCAAAAAUUACAUCCCCAGGCUUGAAUCCAAACUUCCAUUUACCACGUCCCAAUGAAUUCAUUGCUAACAACUUCCAAGUGACAAAAUUGGAAAAUGUAACACCAUUGGAGGAACCUCAUUUAUUGAAGGAAACCGAAUUGGGAAAGCUUUGGUACAAGAAGGAUGACAGAUUUUGGCAACCAAGAGGUCAUAUCUACAUAUCUUUUAAGUUACCACAUACUCAUCUAAGUUUGUUGAAUAGUAUGCUCACCACAUUAUACGUCCAAUUAAUUAAUGAUUCAUUAAAGGACUUGCAGUACGAUGCUUCUUGUGCAAACCUACAUGCAUCAUUGACAAAGACAAAUCAAGGACUAGAUAUCACGGUCUCUGGGUUUAAUGAUAAAUUAAUCAUCCUAUUGACCAGAUUCUUGCAAGGUAUUAAAAGCUUUAAACCAAAUAGUGAUCGUUUCCAAAUCUUUAAAGAUAAGACAAUUCAACAUUUACAAAAUUCACUAUAUGAAGUCCCCUAUUCUCAAAUGUCAACUUUAUAUAACUCUUUAAUCAAUGAAAGAACAUGGACCACCACAGAAAAAUUAAGUGCUUUGGAUAAAAUUUCCUAUGAUCAACUACUUACGUUUAUCCCUACCAUCUUUGAGGAAUUAUAUUUCGAAUCAUUAAUUCAUGGUAAUUUGAAAUACGAUGAAGCCAUGGAAAUUGAUUCCUUAGUGAAAUUAUUGCUCACUGAAAAUAAUAUCCUCAAUUUGCAAAUCCAAAAUGAUAAACUAAGAUCCUACAUCUUACCCAAGGGUAAAACGUUUAGAUACGAGACCGAUUUAAAGGACCCCAAGAAUGUUAAUUCUUGUAUUCAACAUGUCACGCAGAUUGAUAUUUAUUCUGAAGAAUUAUCCGCCAAAUGUGCGCUUUUCGCUCAAAUGAUCCAUGAACCUUGCUUUGAUACACUAAGAACAAAGGAACAGUUAGGGUACGUGGUGUUUAGUUCCACUUUAAAUAAUCAUGGUACUGCCAAUAUUCGUAUCUUAGUUCAAUCAGAGAAAUCAACACCAUACUUGGAAUGGAGAAUUGACAAUUUCUAUAAAAUCUUUGGUAAGUCUUUGAAAACUAUGUCUGAAGACACUUUCGUGAAACAUAAGGAUGCUCUCUGUAAGAGUUUAUUACAAAAGUACAAGAAUAUGAACGAAGAAUCAGCAAGGUAUACUUCUGCAAUUUAUUUGGGUGAUUACAAUUUCCUACACCGUCAUAGAAAGGCUGCAUUGGUAGAGAAGUUGACUAAGGAUCAAAUGAUUAGUUUCUUUGAAGAGAAUAUCAUUGGGAAGGAAGCUAGUAAAUUGAUCGUCCAUUUACAGUCUCAAGUCGAAGUGGAUGGUGUGGAGUCAAUGAUUGACAGCGAAGUGGAAUACCCAACGGGUGAAAUCAUUGAAAAUAUUGGCGAAUUCAAAUCUCAAUUAUUGGUUGCACCCUUGCGUCAACCCAUUAAAAAGUUUGAAAUUUAUGAUCCCAAGUUAGAAUAA